UCGCGAGCACGUUUUUGCCGACUUCGGGAGAGAAAUUUUUUUGUUUGGUUUAUAUUUUGCAAAGUAAUUACAAAAAAUGCUGUUGAAAACCGUAGAUAUAAACGGUGAACUCUGUGUGUUCACUUGCUUUGAAGAGGAAGGCGAGGUUCUUACUUUUUACCUCCACAAACCAGAAAAGAAUUUGAGUUUCUCAGAGACUGUGAUAAGGGAUGAGUUCCAGGAACGCUUAAAGAUGGUAAAUCCGCGCGUUAAGUUCCCCGAGGAUGCAGCGCGUCUGGCUUUACUUACCGCAGAUCCCUUGCAUGUGGACGCAUCUGGAGGACCGGUCAGUUGCCUGUUCCUCAAAUAUCUCAUGCCCAAUACUGCAGUUCCUCUUAAAUGGCUUUGGAAUUUGAGUCCCUUGAAUGGGUUUUCGUUUUAUCGUAAAAUCUGCAUGAACUCAAUGGCCACCGCGGGAGGACUACGGGAUCAGAUUUCCGUUUUGAUAGAGCUUCUAAGAGCCAAGGACAAGGAGCUCCAACAGUAUCGGAAUGACGGACACAAGCUGUGGAGAGUGACUGCGGUUACAAAGCCAUUCGAUAUCGAGGCUUUUAAGGUAGAGCACCAAGUCUUGCUGGAUGACGCUACUGCUUACAAGCAAGUAAAGGACGCAUUUGCAGGGGAACCACCCUCGUGUAGUUCAUCUGGGCUCUCUUCACCCGUGUCGCAGGAUGUUAAACUCAAGACUCCGUCUACUGGCUCUACAAUUUCGGCGGAAUCAAUUAGCCCAAAAGUGACUCCAGGCUCUAAGUUUCCUUUAUACUAUGCAGCUGUAUCCCCAAAAACAUUGGAUGCACCAAGCGCAAAAUUGUCUCCACGCAACAGGAAGCGCAAGGCCCUUGAAGCCAAUAAAAAUCAUUUGGAGCGCAAGGUAAUGGAACGCCGUUCUAAUCCGCAACUCGAGUACAAAAGUUCCCAGAGUUCCCAAGAAGCAGACAUGGGUGAUUGGCUUACAGAGAUAACGCCGAAAAUUAAAAGGGAAAAUGUUGAAGAUGCCGAAGAGCCGUCAACAUCGGCUGUGACUACUCAAUCUGCCUUGGCAAAACUUACCAAAGUUAAUGCAACAGUAGGGGCAGCUGAUAUUAAAACUGAAAUUGUGUCUAAGGAGGACGCCAUCGAAACAUCUGAUACUGCCGACGAGGACGAGACUUUAACACCUUUACAAACUGUAGAGUUCAUUUUACGGGAGAUUGAAUCUGUUCAAGAAGUAUUUGAUUACUCACAACCGCCCAUUCAAGAGCGCGAAGGCCUUGAUUCUCAAGUUCAAGAUAUUUUCGGAUCUCCGAAACUAAUUAUUGAUGAAAACGAAGGACUUGAUGAUUCGGCAGAAAACGGGGACACCGAAGAGGAAAAAGGGUCACCGGAACAACUCACCGAGCUGGAGGAGCUAAAAGCCAUCCUACGUCGCACAACGGCUCACACCAAAAACAUGAUUGAGAAGCACGGAGUCAACAAAAAAGAAGAGUAAGGGAAUAGUCCCGCUCUAAAUGGUGUAGCACCAAAAGUUUAAGCUCUAGUACAUAGGUUUUUUUUUCAUGGUUGAUAAAAUCGGACACUACAAAUCCUCAGUGAUAAAAGGAUGAACUGCGAUAUAAAUAAUUUAUAUAUUAUAAUGAAAUUUCUUGAUUAACAAGAAUUCCGAGUUCCGUUGGUACUCGAAAAGUUAGGUCUUGUUUUGUGGAUCAAAACGUGAAGGAUUUCAAAAGGACCAUUUCAUCAUUUACUUAACCAUAUCUUAAUCUCACAACAGCUCACCAAAAAUAUGAUUGAGAAACAUGAAGUCAACAAAAAAGAAAAGUAAGGGAAUACUCCCACUCUAAAUGGUAUAGCACCAAAAGUUUAAGCUCUAGUACAUAAGUUUUUUUUUUCAUGGUUGAUAAAAUCGGACACUACAAAUCCCCAGUGAUAAAAGGAUGAACUGCGAUAUAAAAUAAUUUAUAUAUUAUAAUGAAAUAUCUUGAUUGACAAGAAUACCGAGUUCCGUUGGUACUCGAAAAGUUAGGUCUUGUUUUGUGUAUCAAAACGUGAAGGAUUACAAAAGGACCAUUUCAUCAUUUACUUAACCAUAUCUUAAUCACACCAAAUAUAUCUACUUGUACCUGUUUAAUGACGGAAGAAUCCCUACUAACUUAUCAACCGAUUAGUCACGGUUUUGUAUGGGAGCGUCACACCGAAAUUCAUGGUUAUUCAUUUUUUCACAAAUGUAUUUUACUUUGUUCAUAUGUUUUAUUACAAUGACUAAUAAAUUCGAUUGAAACACGGA